CUGAUCAGCACCGGUCAGCACUCACCCCAACCACCGAGGAGACCUACAGUUGGAGAGGAAGGCACCACUGGAAACGUCUCUCCAACGGGAGGGACACACUUCGACCCCAAGUCCUGUCAACUCAACGAGACAUGAUAUACCGCUGUCAUAAAAAAAAAUGGACGGAUUCAUCUCUGACAGCUGAAGAUACGAGUUGUUUUAAAACGCUGGGAAACCUUCAGCCAGAGCAACUGGUGUAGAUACCAUGGCAGAAGGUGGGUGCAGAGACAAGCUCUUUGUGGAUAAACAUCGAGGCGAACUGAUACAGAGAGCGAACAACACCGCAGCCAUUCUAGCUGAGCUUGUCAGUGAAAAUGUCAUCCAACAAGACAGUUAUGAAAAAAUCAGGGCUCUGCCUACCCCUCAGCAGAUCAUGAGGGAGCUCUUCAGUGGGCCCUUGGCAUCCAGUGGAGUUCAAGGAAAAGAGACCUUCUACAAAAUCCUGAAUAAACAUGAGUCUUAUCUAAUCGAUGACCUCAAGAGAACUGAGUAUGAGAACGCCAUGAAAGUGGAAACCAUAUCAUCUGUCAUAGAGCUGCUUUUGGAAACGCUGUCUGGUUUGAGUGACUGGGAGCUUGAGGAGUUCAAGAAUUUCCUCCUGAGUCAAACUUGCAUCUACGAACACUUCUCAAAUAUCCAGUGGAGGCUGUUGAGGACCGCAGACAUGCAGGACACAGUGUUUUCUAUGGUGCAGAAUAAUGGCCAACAGUCUGUGGAGACGACCAAGGAGGUUUUAGAGAAGAUGAAGAGGACUGAUCUGGUGCAGAGGUUGUCAGACAGCAGCUCAGGAUCCAAAAAAAAACACUCUGUGGAUGAACACCUGUCUGCACUGAUCCACAAAGUGGCAACUAUGAGGGCUAUUAAAGAGCGGCUUUUGGAGACACUCAGUGAUUUGAGUGACAGGGAGUUAGAGAAGUUCAAGUGGUUGCUGCAGUUCACGUUCUUCCAGAGGAGUCUUGAACUCAUCUCAUGGAGAGAAGUGCAGUGGACUUACAAUGUAAAUGAACUGGUGGAUGUGAUGGUGGAGAAGUUCGGUCAGCAGUCUGUGGAGGUGACCGUGGAGGUUUUGAUGGACAUGAACAGGAGUGAUCUGAUGCGGAAGCUGUCAGAGACCAUCUCAGGACACAAAGAGAAACACUGUAUGGAUGAACAUUGCCCUGCAUUGGUCCAGACGGUGGAGAUGAUGACAUCUGUCAUAGAGCUGCUUUUGGAAACACUGGCUAGUUUGAGUGACACGAAGCUCAGGAAGUUCAGGGACAUCCUCCUGAGUCAGACUGACUUCGACAGAUGCGUUUCAUACAUCCCAUUGAUACUGCUGGAGAUAGAAGACAGGCAGGUCACAGUGUUUUUAAUGGUGCAGACCUAUGGCCAACAGUCUGUGGAGACGACCAAAGAGGUUUUAGAGAAGAUGAAGAGGACUGAUCUGGUGCAGAGGUUGUCAGACAGCAGCAGAGGACCCAAAAGUGAACACCAAUCUGCACUGAUCCAGAAAGUAGCAACAAUGGCAGCUGUUAAACAGCUGCUUUUGGAAACUCUGAAUGAUUUGAGUGACGAGGAGCUCAAGAAAUUUAAGUGGUCUCUGGAGUGGAUUGUCUCCCAGAAGGACCUCCCAGAUGUCUCACCGGAGUUUGGCCUCACAAACGACAGAGCAGAAAUAGUGGAUGUGAUGUUGCAGACCCACAGCCAACAGUCUGUGCCAUUAACCAGGGAGGUUGUAAAGAAAAUGAACAGGAUUGAUCUGAUGCAGAGGUUGUCAAAGCCCAGCUCAGAACUCGAAGAGGCACACUCAGUGGAUGAACAUGUACCUGCAGUGUUGAAGAAAGCAGCUGUGAAACUGAUUCUUUUGGAAACACUGAAAGAUUUGAGUAAGAAGGAAAUCGAGAAAUUCAAGUGGUUGCUGCGGUUUACGCAGUUCCAGAAGGGUCUUCCACACAUCCCAUUGAGCGGAUUACAGUGGGCAGACAGUACAGACACACUGGUGGAUCUGAUGGUCCAGACCUGUGGCCAGCAGUCUGUGGAGGUGACCACGGAGGUUUUCAUGGACAUGGACCGGACUGAUCUAGUAGAGAGGUUGUCAAUCAUCAGCUCAAGAAUCAAAGAGAAACAGCCAUCUGAACUGCUCCAGAAAGAAGUCACCAUGACACCACUAAUGGAGAAACUUUUGGAAACACUGGAAGAUCUAAGUGAGUGGGAGCUCAGGUACUUCAAGCAUGUCCUACAGCACAGCAGAAUGAAGAAAAGCCUCCCAAAAUUCUCCACACAGAGAUUGGAGACAGCAAGCAGAAUUGGCAUGUUGAAGCUGAUAGUGGAUUUCGACAGCCAGCUGUCUGUGGAGGUGACAAGGGAGGUUUUAAUGAAGAUGAACAGGAGAGAUCUCACAGAGAGGUUGUCAGAAACCAGCUCAGGACUCAAAGGGCCUUCAAGAAGCUUGGAGCUUGAGGACUGUGGAAACAUUAUGCAGGACUCCAGUGACUGGACUGAAGUUGAACCUGAAGUGAACAGUACAGAUGCAGACAAGGCUUCAACUUACAGCCUACAGUCUGAAGCAGGAAACUUUGAAUGCAGUGUCUCCGGCUUGCGCUGGAUCUGUAAGGAAAAGGUCAGCUUUAAGUACCAGUUUUGCUCUUGGGAAGGACCUAUAGAAAGGAUAGAAAGCAUGCAGUACAUGGCUGCAGGUCCCCUGAUGGACAUCACAGUCAUUGCUGGGAAGUUAGAUGUAGUGUACCUGCCACACUGGAUCUGCAUAGAUGACAACCCUACAAUAUUAGACAAGUUUGUAGUCCUACACAUAGAUGACUGUGGAGAUGUCGUGGAAAAAGUGUCUGAGGUCACAUCGUCCCAUGUCAAGCUGUCUGAACCAGUUUUCUCUCCAAGAGCGGUCCUGAUGAAAGCUGGCCUGUUGGUGAAAAUACACUGUAAUGUGUUGAUAUACAAGACCAACACAGCAUUCCUCACUCUCCAUGUUUAUCUGAUCCCAUGUGAUCCGGGUCUACAACAGGAAAUGGACAAGAGGGAGUUAUCCCGUGGAUACAAAAUUAUCCAAAAGCCACAUCCAGAGAGGUCCCUGAAAAUGCAAGAUCGUUUCAUCCUAACAGCAGAUUUGGACAGUGCAGACAUUUGUCCUGAAACAUUAAAGCUCAGACAUAAAAACAUAAAUUUCUUUGAAGUGUUCAUUGAAAAUCCAGACAAAGUUUUCAAGCUCAAGCUUGAACAAGUAAAUGAUCAUCAACCAGUGUGGACCUGUACAGUUCGAAAAGAUGACUACCAAAGCAGCACUGGUCCUUUACAAGGGGAGCACUUUGUGGAUAAACACCAGUGUGCUCUGAUUGAGAGAGUGAGCAAUAUAAAACCAAUCUUGGAUAAUCUCCUGAGUGAAAAGGUAAUCCAACAAGAAGAGUAUGAUACAAUCAGUGCCAUCCCAACCACUCAGGAGAAGAUGAGGAAACUCUAUAGCGGUGCCCUGAAAGCUGCAGGACAUGACGGCAAAGACGUCUUCUACAAAAUCCUUGAGGAGAACGAGACAUAUCUUGUUGCUGAUCUCAAGAGGAAGGAGUCAUAAAUACUGUGAUCAGGGUAAAUUUGCUCUUUUGUUAUAUUUCCGCUCUGAGACUGUGGAACUGACCCUGUUUUUCUCUUAUUUUGAUUCUACACAAAUAUAAUAGCUUGUUUGCAAUCAUGUGAUUUAAGACUCGCUAAAUUUAGAUGGAGGGAAGGUAGUGAUAAAACCCAUAUAGUGCGUGAAUUUGAAAUAGAGAAGGGUGACUACAAAGAAGGGUCGGACACUAUCGUUGUUAGAAUUUACCUUGUCCUUCAGACCUCCUAAUGCUACUCAUGUUACUCCGUGAGCUAGUUAAAGUGUUCUAGUGUCUAGUGGACUAUAACCAGUACUGGAGAUGAGGGGGGAUGGCAUCCCCCUUGAAAUAAAAACGGUCAAAAUCAUCCCCCUUCUAAAACUGCCAUCCCCCUUUCCAUCCCUUGUGUCAUUUUUUUUUAAUGAAUGUGGUAUUACUGCUAUUUCAGCAUUUAGUCUUAACUUUGGUUUUACGUAUAUCAAAUAAAAUACUGUGGGCGAGAGCACACAUGCAAAGAUGUUUUUAUAUCGUAUCUCAGCGAGCUGUGACGUUGAUGUUAUGCCUGUGCCCUAUAGAGGGCGCCUGAACAACACAUAGUGCGUCCAAAUUCACACUUGUUCUUCUCUAUGGAUUUUCUCCACAACCGUGCGUUGUAGCAAGAAGCCACUCAGGUUACGUGAAACAGCGGAACCGCAGCUUUCCGACAAGACCACGCACUUGUCGGUAGUCUAAUUUUUUCACAGCGAAAAAAAUGAUAAAAUUACACUAAAAUGAUUUAUAACAAAGCUUUCAUACAGCUUUCCACACACAUUGCUCUUGGAUGGAUUACUCGCGAAUGCAGGGUUGCACAGAAAUGACACGCAUAUCACAUGAAAGGGCAGGACCAGAGCUUUCCGAUGAUACCACACACAUCAUAGGUCAUCCCAUCACGCUAAAAAUACAGAGCAAUUGUCUACAAAAUAAAAACCUGACAAAUUUCUUUACAAUCCAUUAUACAGAUCAGUCACUUCAUAUAUUUUUCUGAUCUUAGAUGUAAAUAUUGCAUGUUUCUUUCAAAUAAAACACAUUUUUGACUUGUGAAUGAGUCAAUCGAAUUUCUUGCAAUAAUGAAAAAAUGCUGGCAAUCACGCCUGGCACAAACCACAUGUUUUGGACAGCUGUGAAGUGACAGAAUGUCCCACCAUCACGGUUCUUAUAUUGCCAGAUUCCAGAGAGUCUCCCCUCUUCAUAUAUGGCAGAAUAUGUGUACUUCCCACUUGCUAUGGUGAGAUACAUGUAAAAAUUUAGUAGCACGUAUUUGUUUUCAUUGAUAGAAAAAUAUUUAUAAAAUACAGGCACAUAGAAGGACGUGGUGAUGGCAAAUCUGGUUAGCCCAGAUUGUCCUAACCCCCCCCCCCAAGAUAUAGCAUGUGCAUGUAGCCUUUAUAAUGACUGUGAUAUGAGCUUAAAUGUAAAGGGCCCAAAGGGUUAAACAGCGAUAUUAAAAGGAAGGUGAGAAAUUAUUUUCAGCCCAAAAACUAUUUUAUCUCCAGUGGGGUUUUUUUAAAUCCACACUUGAAUGUUGGGCAUUUUCAAGAAAAUAUGUAGUUUUCUUAAAAAUCAACUGGAAGAGUAAUGUCAUGUGCUUGCAUAAGAUUUCUGCUCAGUCAUUCUAACAAAACCAUAAUGAGCUUGUUUUCUUCACAUAGAGGAUAACUAUGGCCAGCAAGCAAGGGCAAGAAAUAAUGAGAACAAAAAGCAUGACUAUGAAAAUCUCUGGAAACUUUUAUGAGAUAGGGGAGAGUGGGGUAGGCAGCCAUAGAAUUGGACCUAUGUAUUUUGUAUUAUUUGUAUUUUUAAUAUGUUUUUAUGUUUUAAGUUUCAAUUCGCACUCCAUGCCCUGAAGUUGGGAAUUUUAACCUACAAUAUUUGUAUUUGUAUCAGUAAAGAUCAACAUUUCUUUUUCAUUUUUUUAAUGAAGGGUUUCUUGUUUAAUUUAUAUGAUUUAAUUAAUCACAAUUAAAAAUUAACCCUUAGAUACCAGUUUUGAUCGUAUACCACUAACUGCUUUUUUGGAAAAUACACUAUAAUUCAAUAUUCUAAAAGCAAAAUUGACUUUGAUUAUUAUUAGUAUCAUCGGUUGACACAAGUAGAAGAUGAAGAAGAAAUGAUUUUGCACUUGUCCUGUGCAUUUGACCCUAACUAUGUAAGAGCAGUGGUGCUAUGGCAGACCCUCUGUGCUGUCAUCAGCACAAUUUAUGUCCCCAUGUGAUAAAAUCCACCAUCCCCCCCUGAUUUUUUUUUUUUUUUUACAACUUGAGUACUGACUAUAACUAUUUUGUGUUAUCUGGGUCCACGACUGAAACGACUACCAUCUUGCUCUUGGCCAGGUGUACAUGGAGACACCGUUGUCAGGCUGAUGUUACCAGCUAACAUUAGCUAACUUUGGCUACUGUUUUCUACCUAACGUUACGAGGUUAAUCGAUCCCAGAGGUCUGAGGUAAUGCCGUCAAAGCUCUCAGUCGUGGCUAAAAACUUGGAGAAGUUGUCGCAGCUCGAUGUAAUUGCAUCCAACUUGAGGCAUGUUUAACAUGCUUUAAGGUUUGACAAUAGUUCACUGGGCUCUUCCAAACCCAAGACUGAGGUUUUGGAUCCACAUCUGCUGCUGUUUCUCAGUUACUUUUUAAAAAUACUUCUCCCCUUUAUGUCCUACUGUAUUUGGGUCAUAAAUUGGCUCUUGUUUUUUCCCAAGUUUUAUUGAUUGGGCCGUAAGCAGCGCAAAUCAAAGGCAUUGGUGCAGUGUUGGUAGACUUUGCCUCCAGCUGCCUUCAAUCUGGACAGAGCACCAAUGUAAUAUGUCAUAUGCAAAGACACUAUGACUGUGCACUUUUUAAAAACAUGUUUACAUAUUGUCUAAUGUCUGUUUGUCUAGCAUUUGUUGCUUUUCAAUAAAUAAAUUGUCUUAAUAUGACUUAAUUCUUAUGUUUGGUAUCUUGUCCAGCUGAUAAAUGUGAGUCAUAUAUUAACUUAAUAUCUGUCCCUUUAGCUGCUUAAUGCUCCAUU